AUGAGGGAACUCCGACGUAUCGUGGAAACUAUCAAAGGGGAACAGCCUGUGACAUAUGAUAGGCCCGAUAGCUACGCCGAGCACUUUGACGAUCAGCAACUCAGCCACGACGUACGGAACCCCGAAUACCAGUUCAUGCGCGCGAACCGCGGAAAAGACGAACCACUGGAGUACCUACGGUCUACGUACAAUGGGAAGGAUUCGGGAAAGAAUUCCAAUACCUCCCGGGCGACGCCACGCGACUGCACCCUCGACAUGAGGCACAUACGCAAGUGCCCUGGUUCCAGUCCGACCCGACAGGAGAACGGGGACGGAGGCUUGUGCCCUGUGGAAUGGGUCUAUGAUGCAGGAAACAGAGCGGCCGAAUUGCUCUGGAAGAUCGAAGCCCGCGAUCUAGAAAGCAUCACGAUAGUUCCAAGACGAGCCUGGCCUAGGCACUGCGGAACCGGACGAGACACAUGGGACUCGUGCUGGAGCAACGAUUGCCUCUAUCACGCGGACGAAAAGAAAUUGCGAAUUCGGGAGCUUCAGAUGAAGCUAUGGCACGUACGACGGAAAGCGGAACGGACCCAAUGGUGGGAAGCCGCAAGCACUCAAUGGCUCACGGAAAUGAGCACGAUCGACGAAGCCGCUAUUAGCCGAACAACCGGAGAGGUCAGCACUGACCUAGGAAACGGGUCAGGGCCCUUCGAGGGGCCCGGAAACCAUUAA